AGUAUGCAAUAUACACCUAUUGCAGACUAUCAUUCCUCUUCUUCGUAAAUUCUGUCGAGUUAAACAUAUCUCUCUUACCAUUAGCCAUAUGAAGCAUUAAAUCUUGUAGAGGCCUUUGUUUCUUCAUAUCAAUUUUCUAGGUCAUAUUGUGUGACGGCCUGCUAAUUGAAACAAAGGGCUAUAGAAAAACAAAAAUUAACAUAUUGUAGUAAAUUAAGAAAUGGAUGAAUAUCAACAGUUAUGUUAAAAUGUUGGUAAUGUUAAAAGAUAAUUAAAAUUAAAUUAAAUUGGACUAAAUAAGAAGUACCGUAUACCCCCAUCGUUCUUCUAAAAAUCCUAAUUAAAAUCUUGGAAUAUUGCAUCUUGAGUGGUCUAUUCCCUAUCGAUCUGUCUUUGUCCGCAGAGAGUUUUUCUACCAUCUCCCUGUUUAAUGCGAAUGUGCUCUAAGAUUAAGAAUUUAUCCGUUAAAUUUCUGACGAAUUAUAUAUGGUCUUCACCAGUUUGUUUGUUCCUUUCUUCAUAAUAUGUUUUUAGUUUUGAGCCAGUUUGAGUUCUUAUAACUUGACUACUUAAUUUAUAGAGAUUAUAGAAUGACAAGAUUACGCUUCCUUUUACUGCUUGUACGAGGGAUGGCUCGUAUUUGGUGUUGAAUCCAAGUUUGAAUUUCAUGUGUCCAUGUUCAGUUGGUUGAAUUUAAACAUGUUCCCUGGAAAACUAAUUAAUAUAUUUGUUAUUUUACAGGUUCAUAUAUUUGUUUUUAACUUGUUGUUCCAUGUUCCAUGCACAUCAUGUCUUUUCAUAUAAUUGUAAAAAUUGGAUGAGUAUGAAAUUGGCAACCAAUUAACUCCUUGGUUUGUUUUUAACUUACUGUUCUGUUUCAAUUGACUCACCGGCAUAUAGUUCUGUUUUACACUUGUGAUAUCUGAUAUACUUAAGUUACAACCAUUUAGUAUAAAGACACUCAACCUGUUGUUUCAUAUUGAUAAUUUGGUAAAUGUUUUCCUUCUUCUAAGAUGCUCACAAGCACUUCACAUUAAAAAAUUUGUUGCUAAGUGCAUGUUUUCUUUGUUAGCUUUCAUAGACCAUUGUUAUUCCAUGCCAUCUUAUUAUUUUAAUUCUUUCUAUUUGUUUCACUUUUCACAAAUGGAAGAAAUUGGAAGUAUGAUAAGUGAAGGUGGGGCUUCAAAUGAAAGCUUACUUAACACUUCAUCUCCAAAUGAAGUUGAAGUUAAAGUUUAUACUUCAAAGAAAAGAAAAGUCAUAGAACAUAGGGCUGCUUGCUGCAAGCAUUUUGAUAAGUUCACGGAUGAAAGUGGAGCUUCGAAAGAAAAAUGCAAGUAUUGUGGGAAAAUUUAUGCAGCUGCUACAAAAGGUGGUCGCAUUCUUGAUCCCUUUAGGAGUUCAUUGACUCCUAAACUUGUGCAACCUCUUUUUUGUCUUCAAGAUUGGCUUAGAAGUGAGCCUAUUCCAAUCAAUAUUGAGGAAGAUUUGGAGUAUCUUGAGCAACUUAAACUUGAUGUUAUUGCAGAUUUGCAGUGGUUGUCUGGUUGAGCUAUAAAAGUACGUUAUUGUGUUUUUGUUUUCUAAGUUGCUGCCUGCUGGAACUAGAAGCUAUAGAAGUGCAUUAUGUUCAUUGACUUGAUCUUUUGGAGUUUUGGUUGUUGAUGCUGCGGUGCUGCCUACUGGAAGGUUGGAAGAAGGAAAAAAUAUUUUUUUAUUUUCUUAGCUAUUGUAUCAUAUUAGCUCACAAGUUGGUUGUUUCUUCUUUCUUUUUUUUCAAUCAAACACUCACAAGGUUGGUAUAUAGGAUGUCACUGGAUUUUGCUCCCGUAUUAAAAACAUAUCCCUUCCAUGCAAUGUGUGGAGGCAUUUUGCUGAACAGAUUAGAUUCUAUCCUUAACAUUGGCUACAUAAACCUCGUAAUGAUGUGGAUUGGUGUCAUUGACUUGUACAAUACCUAUAAUGACGAAUUCUCCUG